UGAUGUCAUCCUUAGCUCCUGCCUGCGGGGCCCUGCAGCUGGCUGCACCCCAGACAGCUUCAGCUGCUCAAGUAGGAGGACUGCUUUCCUUCUCAGCCCUCACACCGCCUGUGGCGUCGGGGAGAGAGAGAGUAGACACACGGGCUUGGGCAGGGGUGCCCGGAACAGGUCUCACCCAGGCCCAGCUCCUUGCCCGCUGCUCCAGGUCUCUCAGUAGCUGCUAUUGCCCCUCCGCUUGGCCCCAGACAUGAAACUGUCCAAGGGCGUCAAGAACCCUGUGUUCUAUGGGCAGCAGCCAGAGAAAAAGGUGCCAGUGUCCUCAGGGCACGAGAUAAAGCAGACCCCUGUGGUCCUGGCAAUGCUCAAAGGUCCGGGGCCUGCCAAGUACCUCCGGCCAUCCUGCACGGGCUACAUAGACCAUGACGUCUCCAUGUUCCAGGAGCCGGCCUAUACCCUGCAUGCCCGGCACUCGGAGAAGCGGAUCAUGGACAUACGAAGCCCCGGGCCUUGCUAUUUCUUGGAUCCUAAGAUAACUCGGUUUGGGAUGGCCAGCUGUCCUCAGGUUCCCAUGGCAGAGCACAUCUCUAACCUGCGUCUGAGCCCCACCCCGGCGCCCUGCCAUUACCACCUGGAGAAGACCCACCCGCCUGGGGAACGCAGGGCUCCUGAGUACUCCUUUGGCUUCCGGUGCCCAUACCGAGUGAUGGACCCCAAUCCGGGCCCCAACCAGUACCAGAUGCCACUCCUGCUGGGGCCCAACCUCCCUGCCAACAAAGCUGCCCCUUGCUAUAGCUUCGCCCACUUGGACAAGAACUGGUUCUACAAGAAUAUGGCAACAGGCCCCGGACCAGCUGCACACACCCGGCCGGAGCCGUCCGUCUAUCAGAACCGCGGCCCCGUCUACAGCAUGGCCAAGCGCUUUGGCUACUUGGCGGACCACACACCUCGGCCUGGCCCCGGCUCCCACAAUGUCCAGCAGGUCACGGUACACAAGCCCCGCCCACCCGCUUUCACCAUGGGCGUCAAGCAUUCGGCCCACCUAUGCCCGCUGAUCGUCGACGUUCACGACUGAGGCCCCACCUGGUCACUCCUCCCCGCCACCCUGUCCCCAGAAGUUA